ACACAACUGAAGAGACUCCUCCCUUUUUAUACAGAAAACAGGAAGAAGUGACGAGACCUAAAACUGCUUCGCGGUAAUGUAUUAGAAAACAAAAUAAACUAAGACAAUCCAACAAAUAGGGCUUUUGUUGAUGUAACAGGGGAUUUAGGUAUGCUUAGUAAAAGCUCCUGGAACUAAAAGUACUGAACCUGAGCUCUGGCUGAGCAAAUACGAGUGAAUUUGUGAAAGUGAAAGUAAGUUAGCUGUCCGAUCAGAAUGGCAGCCAACGUAUCACCGUCUGAGGUGGAUUGCACCUGCCCUGUGUGCUGUGAUAUUUUUAAGGAUCCUCUCGUCUUGUUGUGCGGUCAUAGCUUCUGUAAGCACUGUCUUCAGGAGUGGUGGAGACAGAGCGGACUCCAGACAUGCCCGGUCUGUAAGGAAAUAUUUCCAAUGGCUCAGCCUCCACGUAAUCUGGCACUGAGAAACCUGUCUGACACUUUGAGACAAGAGAAGAAGAGUCAGAGAGCUAAAUGUAACGAGAUUUGCAGUCUGCACAGUGAGCAACUCAAGCUCUUCUGUCAGGAUGAUCAACAGCUCAUCUGUGUGAUUUGUAGGGAUGCACAAAAACACAAGAAACACAACUGCGCCCCCAUCAACGAAGCGGCAGAACCACGUAGGGCUAAACUGAAGCUCAAGGUGUUGCAUUUAAAAACCAAACUGGGGUCAUUCAAAGCACAAAAACUCUCCUGUGAUAAAAUGGCCAGCCACAUCAAGCUCCAGGCUCAGCAAACGGAGAAGACAAUCAAAGAGGAGUUUCAGAAGCUUUACCAGUUCCUGCGAGCAGAGGAGGCUGCGAGGAUCGAUGCAGUGAGAAACGAGGCUAUACGCAAGAGUGAGGCAAUAAACAUCAGGAUGGUUAAUUUGACUGCAGAGAUCUCCUCGCUCACAGACAAAAUCCAAAUCAUAGAGAGCGAGAUGAAGGCUGAGGACUUCUCAUUCAUGCUGAAUAUCAAAGACACUAUGGAGCGAGCUCAAUGCAACCUGCCAGACCCAGAGACUCCAUCAGAAGCCCUGAUUGAUGAGGCCAAACACCUGGGGAACCUGCAGUUCACAGUCUGGAAGAAGAUGAAGAACAUAAUCCAAUACACUCCUGUAACUCUGGACCCCAACACUGGCUCCUCGAUGUUGACUAUAUCAGAACACAUGACUCGUUCAACAAUAAGCGACAAGAGUCAGGCGCUUCCUGAAAACCCAGAAAGGCUAUACAGCUCAGAAGUUUUUGGCUCUGAAGGUUUUAGGUCCGGAAAACACAGCUGGGAUGUGGUGGUGGGGGGGAUUUUUUGGGCUGUUGGUGUGGCUGCAAAAAACAAAGUACCAAAAACCUGUAAAAAGAUCUGGGCCAUCUACAGGUGUAGUUGCACUGAUAUUCUGCGUGAACUGACUCCAGAGGAUUAUGUGAAAUCUGUAGGCCUACCUAGACAUUCAUUUCCCCAAAAGGUCAGAGUGCAGCUGGAUUAUGACCAUGGAAUACUUUCAUUUUUCGACCUUGAUAGGAAAACACCCGUACACACCAUCAAAUACACUUUCCCAGAAAUGGUCUUUCCGUAUUUUCGUGAGAAUGCUAAAAUCCUUCCAGCUGAAUUGUCAGUGAGGAUAAGACAACCCAAAUAAACAUCUCGCUUUACCGCAGAGUGCCAACAACAAUUUUUUAUUGCUGUACAUGUUUUCAUAUACAUUUUAAUAUUAAAUUGUUACUUUUAAAUGUUUAGUUUAUGUUUCUCAGAUUUCAAUACAGUUGGGUAAAUCUUGGUCUGUCUCUGUAACGUUUUGUCAUGUCAGUGACCAGUGAAAUGCUAACCUGAGUGUUGUCAGUCAUCACACAGGCUUUCCCUGUUCUCUUUUUGGUAUAGUCCACCUUAAAGGGGCAUUCCACUGAGUGUAUACAUUCAAUUCAGUUUACUCGUUAUGAGGAGUACAGUGUAUAGAAAACGGAUGCAUAAUGUCUCUGUGGUUCUAAAAGUGUUUUCUAAAGUUAGCAAACAUAACCCUGAUGUCAUUCAGGUUAUCUCAGCUUGUGCUUUACUUUAAUCUUUAGCCUGCAUCAACAAACUGGAGGGGUAGGGGUUGAAAGACAUUUAGAAGCCACAACGGGUCCAAUAAAAGAUGCUAUUGAGUUGUAUUAUUGGAGAUGUAGGAUCCAGUUUUUUUGGAGGUUGACCCCAUAAUAGGGACUUAAAGUCUGGAUUACUCGGCCUCCGCUGUUUUAAUUUUGACCAUUCUUAUUUUAGUCUAGACCUUUUGUUUAUACUUUUAGAGAAUUGUUGAAUCAUAUAAAUAUGUUUUGCUCUGUUUUCGUAAUGUUUUCAUGAUAUUUUCCAGUUUUGGGGAGUUCUUCCUUAUCUGAACUGAGGAUCUAAGGAUUGAGGGUGUACGGAUCGAAUUUGUGAUUUGGGGCUAUAUAAAUGAAAA